GCAGAGGUCAGAGGGAAAUUCGUGGUAAGGAAACUCUGCGAACCCAGCUGGAACAUUGGCCUAUUAAGCAUGCCAACCUUGGUUGUCGCAGAAGUCCCCACAGCGUUCCUGGUCCAGGCGACAGCGAUCACUACUCUCAAGGCGAUCAUCCUGCAUGAUAUGUACGAUUCACAAUGGCUGAGACUUUGGGUACCGCGUGACUAGAGUCGACUUUUUCCCCAUCACCAGAUCACCACAUAAAUCAACGGGGAGUCCGCUCUUCACCUGCUCAAGCUUAUGCAGUGAUCAAUCUCCAUUGAUGUGCUCGUGAGUCGUGCGCCCUGGCUUGGACCAUGGGACGACCUGAGUGGUGUGUAUAAACUGGGACGGAUCUUGUGACCUGCGAAAUGAUCAGCCGGUCUCCAGGACGAGAGCUGUUGACAUGCAGGACAAUGCUGGAUAUUUUUCUGCAGACGGGACGCUCGGCCACGGUCACGUUCUGCGCAUUCACAUGGACUGAAAUUAGUUUUACAUGAACAUGGUGAGAAUUACAGCCAUACUGCCCAGCCUAUCCAUGACCAGUUGGUAUUGAGGCACAGGGGGUCCCAUUUCUGAGACUGGCAUAUCCUUGCUGCACUGUGGUAGGGCUACUGGACGGGCGGGGCGGCUUUGGUACUACAGUACUAGUGUACGAGACGCAUUGAACCGUUCGCAGAUCUCCACACCAAGCUAACAUCAAGUCUAAGUGCUAUUACAUGCAGGCACUGCGCCAGUAUCUCAUUCGAAUGUGGAACAGUAUGCGGAACAUCUGUCUCCUCGCAUCACAAGACAUGUAGAACUACCCAAGGAUUAAGAAGCUACGGGCUUGCGCGCAGAUGUUUCCAGAAAGCUCAUCCUCCAUUCUGCCGUGGAGCGAGUUGUCCAAUGAUCAGCAUCGGUUUAUGGGUCGAGCCCCUUUAUGCUCCUAGAUGUGAAGAUACUCCGCACGCUGCGCAUGCUCGACCCUAGUUCAAGAUGCGCCGUGAAGCCGUGAAGCGGGGAAUUAGCCUCACUAUAACGCUCGCAAAGCAUGCGACUUUGACAAAUGGCCUUCGAGGGAUGGGCGUGUUUAGAAGACCCAACCGAGGCAGAAGGGCCUGGGAGUAAAUAUGUCAGGGGCUGAUGAUGCUGGAUCGUGGGCAUGCUCGAUCACGCCUCUUCCUAUAUCAUGCGCAAGGACCUGCUCCGACAUGCUUCUUUUUCAUCACGUCGACUGACCCUGGGAACACACGCUCGUCGUUACUCACCCACACGCUCGUUUAUACUCAACCAACAUCAUCAUGAAGUUCACUGUGGCGCUGUUUGCCAUUGGCGCCCUCGCCGCCGUGCGUCGCCAGACCGGCGAUUUGGCAUCCAACGUUCAGGCAAUCACAGAUGCAACAAAGAAGGUCACCACCGCCAUCGAAGGUUACAACGGAGAUGUUCAACAAGCAGCGGCCGUGGAAUCUGCUUCUAGCGAUGUCCUGGCAGCCAUCAAAUCUGCCCAAAGCACCGUGGAUGGCAUGUCCACCAUCGACCAAAGUGCCGCAAUCACGCUUGCAAUCCCCAUCAAAGACCUCUCCUCGGCUGUCGACGCCUCCAUCACCGCACUCAUUGGCAAAAAAGAUGCUUUCGACAAAGCAGGUCUCUCCUCACUUGUUCUCUCCUCUCUCCAAGACCAGAAGAAGGCUUCCGACGCCUUGACCAGCGCUCUCCUCGGCAAACUCCCUGAGGCACUGCAAGAUACCGGUAAACAACUCGCCAAGCCCGCUCAGGAUUCUCUCGACAAAGGUAUCGCUGCUUUCUCGUCUGGCGGUGGCGGUGGUGGUGACAUGAAGCCUGCCGGUGACAUGAAGCCUUCCGGUGACAUGAAACCUGCCGGUGCUGUUCCUCCGCCACCCAUGGACAUGGGUGCGCCCGCCAGUCCUCCGGAAGCCGCUCCGCCAGCUCCUUCUUCCGCCGCCGAGUACCCGUCGCCAACGAUGCCCCCGGCCGGCAUGACUCCUCCAGCUGAAGCUCCUUCCUCCACCUCAUCUUGCCCUGAGACUACCACCAUGAUGCCUUCCAUGCCCAUGAUGCCUUCCAUGUCUACGAUGAUGUCUAUGGAGACUACUACCUCGAUGCCAAUGAUGUCCACCAUGCCCACCAUGCAUCCUACUAUGUCUACGAGCAUGAAUGCUUCUACGACUACUAUGCCUGUGAGUUACACUGGUGCUGCUCAUCAACAGGCUGUGGGAUUGGGUGCUUUGGCUGUGGGUGCACUUGUUGCUGUUUUGUAGGUUGGGGGUGUGGUGUGUGGGGGAUGUUGAUGUGGGUGGAGUGGAGUUGAGGUGAUGAGUUGAAGUGAUGUUGAGUUGAGGUGAAGUGGAAGUGGAAGUCCACAGAUUGCGGGGAUGGGGGCAAGAUGAGUGGAGCUUCAUUAAGAUAUUGAGUCUGCGCCGAAAAACAGGUCAGAGUCUCAGAGAGAGAGAAAGGCAGUGAAACUGGAAGCGCGAUUAUGUAUGCUUAAUGUCCAUUUACGUCAAUAUACACCCG